UGGACUGCCCACACCUGUAUUCAUUCUUCGAACGUCACUUGCAAUCGUGCUCUUGUCGGUCUAUGAUCACACUUGUCGACAAUAACCUGACUCACAAUUUCCGACUCAUUGGCAAUGCUCCGGCAUCUCAAUAGCAGCCCGGGUGGGUCUCCCCCGUCAGCACUGCCGCCCAUCGGAAAGUUCAAGCUGACACACCGGCCGGCGCAACGUAAUGGCCAAUCAUUGUAAGCCACCUCCAGCUUCCUUGCCCAGUCGAGCCAGCGCAGCGGACCGACCGUGACCCAUCCAGCGCGGGCGAGCCAGCCACAGGACUGCCGCCCAGCCACAGCAUCUCGAUCCUGCAAGCAGCACCUGUACCCGCCCCUAGAAGCGCGUUGGUUCACGCGAGCUUGUAGCUAUUCGACUGCCUCACUGGGCCGACGAUUCCUCAUCUUCAGACGCAACCUUGUCCGACGACGGCGAGUCAGCCGAAUCCUUGCCAACAGCCCAGGACCAUUGUAUACCCGGACCGCCUCCCCAGACACCCGUCAAGAGGUAUUCGCUCCAGAAACCCGAAGUCACACCGCGCCAAGAGCGAGCCAAGCGCAGAGACUUCCUGCGCCAGCGCAACGAGGUCGGCGAAGGGUACGCCAGCGAUAGUGGCAACAGACAACCUCACGCACUCGACGAUUCCCUCAAUAUGUCUAGCCAGCAGGGCAAAUGGCGCGAGGACCAGGUUCUUGUCAUCUGCCCUGGCAGCCAGACCACCAUGGCUCAGCUGGGCUGUAGCGAGCUUACACCACCGGCGCAUCGCAUUCCUACGAGGAUGUUCAAAGACGAGGAGGGCGAUGAGUAUUUGCCUCACCGCACCUACAAGCGUAAAAAGAGUGUGAAGAUGGACAAGGCAGAGACGAUAGAGAAAACAGACAAAAUGGAACCAACAGCGUCUGCCGAUAGCGCAAAUGAGGAGGAUGGAUGGGAAUAUGUCGAGGACCGCGACAGUGUCGAAGGUGCCAUCUAUCCAAUCCAAGGUGGGCGUAUAGUCAACAUGCCAGCUUUCCUGGCUUUUCUUGAUCACGUACACGGUCUCCUCACAUCCUCAUCAAUGUACCACAUCACCCCAAUCGUGCUGAUGGCUUCACCGCAAUGGACUCGUCCCGACUGCGAAGCGAUAGCCCGCUACAUAUUUGAGAAAACCAAGACUCCAUCGCUCUGUCUCUUGCAUAGCGCCGUGGCGUCGCAGUAUGGCCUUAAAUGGCCAACUAUGACAGUCGUGGACAUUGGGUUUGAAAAGGUCGAUGUAACUUGCAUCUACGACAGCAACAUUGUCAGUCAUAAGGACCUGGGAUUCCCAUCACCUGUGCGAGAAAUUUCUGGCGGGGAGGUUUUUACACAAAAGCUCUUGUCUUUAUUGAGAGACAAAGGUUUCACGUAUGAAAUGGCCGAACAGCUGAAAAAGAGCUCAAUAUGCGAGGUUCUCCCAUAUGCGCCCGAGUUAGCAGAGCUAAUGGAGCUUCCCACGGAGUCGCAGGUGCCUCCUAGCCAAGGAGCUGCCCCGGCCCCGGCAAGCGUGGAACCACCAAAGAUUAUGGAGCCAAUAAAGCCAGUCUUUAACACAGACACUGACACCGAGAAUGGUGAUCCUAAGGAGGCAGACGAAGGCGUUCUAGACGUGGCUAAUAUCGUUACGAGCGGGAACACGCGCGAAUUCCUCGCUAAGCGAGAAAAAGAGAAGGCGGAGAAGGCCAAAACGAAGAAGCAGGGCAAAGGUCUAGAGCCCGAGUCCACAGCUGCGAAGCCUGUCCGAUUACCCAACUCGAAACGGAAGACUAACAUAUUUCAUUACGAGGAUUUGGAGCAUGAAGACGUGCAAGUACCGGUUUCAAGCAAUGGAGUUAAACCUCCUCCUGCAGUUGCAGUAGGUACUGAAGCACCAGUCGCAACCGAAAAUGGGUCAACGAAUGAACAGAUUAAGCCCGAGGGCAAUUCUGCCGAAGAAAGCCAGACAAAUGGUGAUUCAUCCACCGAGCCCGUUAAGACAGUAACGGAACGUCGAACAAAGCGUGUGCGGAAAGACAUCGAAGUUGGUCUCGAGAGGUUCUACUUUGCGGAUCGUGGUGAGAUAAAUCGGAUUACGGAUACAAUCUACCACGCAGUUCAGAGCAUCGACGAUAUCUACAAGCGAUCUGCUUGUUGGGAUAACAUCGUCUUUGUUGGCAAUGGCAGUCGCCUUCGUGGAUUGAAAGAAAACGUUAUGCAAACUCUGACUUCUCGCCAUCUAAUCUCGCCCAGUACUGCUACCAUUUUCACCUCAGAGCUUCCAUCUAACAUGGCGACGCCUAGUGGAACUGGUUCGCAGACUCCGACUGGCUCUUUUACGGGCCAAAUACCUACCACAAGCUCUGUUAACCCCUUAUUACAAGCGGCAACAACGGCCUCGCUUGGCGUACCUGGCCAAGCACACGCCCCUAGUUCUAACGCCGGGGAUAGCACUAGUCACCAUUCUCAUGGACAGACGCCCAUGAGCAUCAAACAAGCUACCCAGCCGACAUAUCUUGCCGAUUGGACUAAAAAUGGCUUUGAAGAAGCUAUGUUUCUAGGGUCACUCGUCGCUGCUCGUUUGGCCUACUGCAUUCACAAUUUAGAUGCAGCUACCACAGAGUCUCAACGCUACAUGAGCCUUAACCGUGUAGAUUACAACGAGAACGGUCCCAAGGCCAUCCGGACUCACUCAAUGCUGGGUUCAUAAAUCACAAAUGAUGUGCUCAAAUGCUUCUCUUUCGGCGGGAUAUCACGGAGUUGAUGGGUGUAAAAAGUUGAAGGCGUCUUGUAAGCAAUGUCACAGCUUAUGCGGCUUCAAAUGUUAUUCAUUCCCCCCCCUAAUAGCUACCUUUAGCUGUUUACUGUAGAGUAUCUGUUGUAAUUCACAGAUCUUAUAGCCAAUGCGGAAUGUUGGUUGGUCGAGGCUAAGGUUGACAAGGGGCAAUUCCCAUUACAUGCUGGAAUUUCUCACCGUCGGACGCAAUAGAAAUAUAGCUAGAUAUAGCAUCGGCGGUACAAUAACAGCAUGCAUGAAACAUGGUUAAAACAAGAGGAAUCUGCAGUAUCGAACUUCGUGUUUAAAUCAUACCUACUAUCAUACUGACUAAUUUUACACUCCUUUUGGGAUGAAGUGAAUAUGUAAAGGAACAGGGGUUGAUCUGUGAUAUAUCUUUGUCAUUGGAACUUCCCACCUACAACCCGUAAGUUUGUAGCUUGACUCUAGUUACACUCACGGUUUACUCAAAUCUGCUUCUGCUGCGGCCUAGGAGAGAGAGAGAGAGAGAGAGAGAGAAAUCGAUGACUCUUGUUUCUUGUACUCGUGGAAUCACCC